GUCAAGUGUGGCCGCAAACCCGCUCCGGACGUCCCUCCGACGAGCGGCAGUAUGCUCGCGCUACUCCUCCACGCAAGCAUCGCCACCACACUCUCCCUCUUCAUCAUCCCAAACAAAACUCAGUGUCCAACCUAAAGCAGAGCUGCCCCCGGAGAAGAUGCGCGCCCUCGUGGACCUCUACCACCAGUCCGCUACAUUCAUCACCCCUGCGAAUCUCUCCGACAAGAUCGACGAGGCGUUCAUCUACCGCACGGCCAACAAAUCCAGGCUUAACCCCGAGAAGCCGCUGUCCAAGAUCCUGUACGACCUCAAGGUCCGCCGGGCUUUCCCCAAGUUUGGGGAGAAGUUAGGACCGACGGUCAAAAGAACGAGGAGUCCGGCGGUGUUGAAAUAUGAGGAUUGGAGCGAGGAGCGGUCGCCGAGGGAGCAGCAGGUGUUCAGGACGCUGCAUGGCGUGUAUAAUCGCGCGAAACCGGGGUACGACGCGCUUAUGGAUGAGCAGGCGAGCGCGGAGAAGGGUGAGGAGGACGAGCAGCAACAGGAAACGCAGGGCGAACAGGGUCCUCUAUGAUACAUAUCAUACGUUCACAUCGUUGUGGAAUACGCAACUUCCUAUUUUCGCAUACAUCUAGUCUUCCUUGCAAAUCCUACAACUAUUACAAGCC